GUGGGUGAUCCGGGGAAGCGUCCGGGCUUGGGGCUGGGCAUGCAUCACCUGCUUCCCACUUCGUUCGCUCGCCAUGCGAAGCGCGCUCCUAACCUUUAGUCAGUGGGUGGUUUUCUUUAUGGGAGUAAAACAAUGCUAAGUGAUGAAAUAGCUGUUAUGGGCAUAUGACAAGCUAUCUAGGAUUCAAAGGUCUAAACUAAAGGGUGUAAGUAUAUUAUUAAAAAAAAAAAAAGUCCACCAGCCUCUCCUUCAGCUGAAGUGAUGAAACCCGAAGAAUUCACAUAGCGAAAUGGAGAAAAUUGGAAUGCGCAUCUAAAGUCCCGCCACUGGACUGGUGAAGUGAUGAAGAACAGUUACUGGCUUAUCCUGAAACUUGUCAAUUUCGUGACUCUUGGCUGCCUAUGGAUUUCUGUGGGUCAGUGUACAGUUUUAAACAGCUGCCUAAAGUCAUGUGUAACUAACCUGGGCAGGCAUCUGGACAGCGGUACGCCGUAUAAUCUGAGUGAACCAUGCAUCCAAGGAUGUCACUUUUGGAACUCUGCAGAUCAGGAAAAGUGUGCUUUGAAGUGUAAUGACACCUUUGCCACCGUUUGUGAGCGGGAGUCCUGUGAGGUCGGCUGCAGCAGUUCUGAGGGCGCCUAUGAGGAGGAAGUCCUAGAAAAUGUAGACCUCCCCACGGCGCCCUUUGCUUCUUCCAUUGGGAACCGAAGUGUGACAUUGCGAUGGAAGUCUGCCAACAUCUCUGGGAUAAAAUACAUCAUUCAGUGGAAAUACGCACAACAUCCGGGGAGCUGGACUUACACUGAGGCCGUGUCCAAACUCUCCUAUGUGGUUGAGCCCCUGCACCCCUUCACUGAGUAUAUUUUUCGAGUGGUUUGGAUCUUCACAGCCCAGCUGCAGCUGUAUUCUCCCUCGAGCCCCAGUUACAGGACUCACCCUUAUGGAGUUCCUGAAACUGCUCCUCUCAUUAGAAAUAUUGAGAGCUCAAGUCCUGACACCGUGGAAGUCAGUUGGGCUCCACCCCAAUUCCCAGGCGGACCUAUUUUGGGUUAUAACUUAAGGCUGAUCAGCAAAAAUCAGAAAUUACAUUCAGGAACGCAGAGAACCAGUUUCCAGUUUUACUCUACUCUACCAAAUACCACCUACAGGUUUUCUAUUGCAGCAGUAAAUGAGGUUGGUGAGGGGCCAGAAGCAGAAUCUAGUAUCACCACUUCAUCUGCAGCAGUUCACGAAGAGGAACAGUGGCUCUUUUUAUCCAGAAAAACUUCUCUAAGAAAGAGAUCUUUAAAACAUCUAGUAGAUGAAGCACAGUGCCUUCAGUCAGAUGCUGCACACGGUAACAUUACAGGAAUAUCAGUUCAUGUCCAGCAGCAAGUUGUUUAUUUCUCUGAAGGGACUCUCAUAUGGGCCAAGGAGGCUUCCAACAUGUCUGAUGUGUCUGACCUGAGAAUUGUUUACAGAGGUUCAGGAUUGAUUACUUCCAUCUCCAUUGACUGGCUUUAUCAGAGAAUGUAUUUCAUCAUGGAUGAACUGUAUUUCUUCAUGAGUUGUAAAAUGGUAGCCCUAGUGCUGCAAUUGUAUGUCUUUUAUCUCCUGAGAGAUGGCAUUUAUAGAGUAGCUCUCCAGGUGCCACCUGGUCAGGACUCAGAAGCCAUGCGUAUUGUGGAGAGUUGCACAUUAAAGGACUUCGCAGUAAAGCCACAGUCCAAGCGAAUCAUUUACUUCAACGACACCACCCAAGUCUUCAUGUCAACAUUUCUGGAUGGCUCUGCUUCCCAUCUUGUCCUCCCUCAUGUCCCCUUUGCUGAUGUGAAGAGCUUUGAUUGUGAGAACAAUCACUUCCUUGUCACAGAUGGCAAGGCUGUUUUCCAGCAGGAUGCUUUGUCUUUUAAUGAGUUCAUCGUGGGAUGUGACCUGAGACACAUAGAAGAGUUUGGGUUUGGCAACUUGGUCAUGUUUAGCCGGUACACCCAGCCAUACCCCCUGCCGGCCCGCCCGCAGCAGCUCUCUGUGCUGUUUGGAUCCUACCAGGCCCUGGUCCAGUGGAAGCCUCCUGCCCUCGCCAUAGGAGCCAGCCCUUCCUCCUGGCAGAACUGGACUUACGAGGUGAAAAUAUCAACCCAAGACGUCCCCGGAAACACUCGCGUUUUCUCUAACAUACGGGGGACCGUGCUGAAUGUCCCCGGGCUGCAGAGUGCGACACAAUACGAGGUUUCCGUGAGGGCAAGUUCUCCCAAGGGGCCGGGCCCGUGGUCAGAGCCCUCGGUGGGUACUACCCUGGUGCCAGCUACAGAACCACCAUUUAUCAUGGCUGUCAAAGAAGAUGGGCUUUGGAGUAAACCAUUAAAUAGCUUUGGCCCAGGAGAAUUCUUAUCCUCUGAUAUAAAGAAUGUAUCAGACAUGGAUUGGUAUAACAACAGACUCUACUACAGUGACAUGAAAGGUGAUGUUCACGUGUGGCUGCUGAAUGGGACGAAUAUCUCCAAGAAUUAUCACAUACCCAACAUUGCAGGAGCAGGGGCGUUAGCUUACGAGUGGCUGGGUCACUUUCUCUACUGGGCUGGAAGGACAUAUGUGAUACAAAGGCAGUCCGUGUUGACAGGACACGCAGAUAUUGUGACGCAUGUGAAGUUGUUGGUGAAUGACAUGGUGGUGGAUUCCGUGGGUGGAUAUCUCUAUUGGACCACACUCUACUCAGUUGAAAGCACCAGGCUAAAUGGGGAAAGUCCCCUUAUCCUACAGGCACAGCCCUGGUUUUCUGGGAAAAAGGUAAUUGCUCUAACUUUAGACCUCAGUGAUGGGCUCCUGUAUUGGUUGGUUCAAGACAGUCAAUGUAUUCACCUGUACAGAGCUGUUCUUAGGGGGCAGGGUGUUGGGGAGCCCACCAUCACAGAAUUUGCAGCCUGGAGCACUUCUGACAUUUCCCAGAAUGCACUGAUGUACUAUAGUGGUCGGCUUUUCUGGAUCAAUGGCUUUAAGAUUAUAACAGCUCAAGAAAUAGGUCAGCGAACCAGUGUCUCUGUUUUGGAACCAGCCAAAUUUAACCAGUUCACAAUUAUUCAGACGUCCCUCAAACCUCUGCCAGGGAACUUCUCCUUUACUCCUAAGGUGAUCCCAGAUUCUGUUCAGGAGUCUUCAUUUAGGAUUGAAGGAAAUGCUUCAAGUUUUCAAAUCCUGUGGCAUGCUGUCCCAGCAGUGGAUUGGGGUGUAGUUUUCUACAGUGUGGAAUUUAGUGCUCCUCUUAAGUUCCUGGCUAGUGAAAAACAGCCUUUACCUGUAUUUACUGUGGAAGGCUUGGAGCCUUAUGCCUUAUUUAAUCUUUCUGUCACUCCUUAUACCUACUGGGGCAAGGGCCCCAAAACAUCUCUGUCACUUCGAGCACCUGAAACAGUUCCAUCAGCACCAGAGAAUCCCAGGAUAUUUAUAUUAUCAAGUGGAAAAUACCAUAAUAAGAAUGAAGUUGUGGUGGAAUUUAGGUGGAAUAAGCCUAAGCAUGAAAAUGGUGUGUUAACAAGAUUUGAAAUUUUCUAUCAAAUAUCCAACCAAAGUGCCACCAACAAAACAUUUGAAGGCUGGAUUGCUGUCAACGUCACUCCCUCAGUGAUGUCUUUUCAACUUGAGGGCAUGAGUCCUGGGUACAUUGUUGCUUUCCAGGUUAGAGUCUUCACAUCCAAAGGACCUGGACCAUUUUCUGACUUGGUGCAGUCCCAAACAUCAGAAGUCAACCCAUUUCCAUGCCUCAUAACUCUUUUGGGCAACAAGAUGAUUUUGUUAGAUAUGGAUCAAAAUCAAGUUGUAUGGAUGUUUUCGGCAGAAAGAGACAUCAGUGCCAUGGGCUACACAGCUGAUGAUGCAAUGGCGUAUUAUGCUCAGGGAGACUCCCUCUUUCUUUUGAACAUGCACAAUCAGUCCAGCUCUGAGAUUUUCCAAGAUGCACUGGUUUUUGAUAUCGCAAUUAUUACAAUUGAUUGGAUUUCAAGACACCUCUACUUUGUGAUGAAAGAAUCACAAAAUGGAAUGCAAAUAUUUGAUGUCGAUCUUGAACACAAGGUGAAAUAUCCCAGGAAGCUGAAAAUUUGCAACAGAAAUUCAACGAUAAUCUCUUUCUUCGUGUAUCCCCUAUUAAGUCGCCUGUAUUGGACAGAAGUUUCCGAUUUGGGCUCUCAGAUGUUCUACUACAGUAUUAUCAACCAGACCUUGCACCGAAUUCUGCAACCCACAGCUACAAGCCAUCCAGAUGGAAGGAGCCAAUGUUCUUGCAAUGUGACUGAAUCCGAGUUAAGUGGAGUAAUGACUAUUGAUACUGCUCACCUAAAGAAACCACAGAUAUACUUUGUCAAAGGGCAAGAGAUCUGGGCCAUGGAUCUGGAAGGGUGCCGGUGUUGGCAAGUUAUCACAAGGCCUGCUCUGCUCGGAAAAACACUUGUUAGCUUAACUGUGGAUGGGGAAUAUCUAUACUGGGUCUCCACAGCAAAGGAGGGCACAGAGACUUAUCAAGUGAAGAAGAGCCGAGGGGCCACCCCCUCUCAGGUGAAGGCCCCCAGGAGCGAGCGCAUCUUGGCUUACAGUUCGGUGCUGCAGCCUUUUCCAGAUAAAGCAUUUCUGUCUCUAGCUUCAGAUAUUGCAGAGCCAAUUAUACUUAACACCACUAACACCAGCCUCACGAUCAGAUUACCGUCUUCCAGGACAAACCUCACCUGGCAUGGCAUCACCAACCCAACUCCAACAUACCUGGUUUAUUACAAAGAAGUUAAUGAUGGGGAAAAUGGCUCUGAACCAAAAUAUAGAAUGCUGGAAUUUCAGGAGAGUAUAGCCCUUAUUGAAGGCUUACAACCAUUUUCAACAUAUAUGAUACAGAUCGCUGUAAGGAAUUAUUAUUCUGAUCCUUUGCAACAGUUACCUCUGGGAAAAGAGAUUUUGGGGAAAACUAAAAGUGGAGUACCAGAGGCCGUUUGGCUCAUUAACACAACAGUGCAGUCAGACACCAGCCUUGUCGUAUCCUGGAGAGAAUCUCCCAAGCCAAAUGGACCGACGGAGUCAGUCCGCUAUCAGCUGGCAAUUGCACAUCUGGCCCGCGUUCCGGAGACUCCUCUAAGACAGAGUGAAUACCCUCACGGAAGGCUUGCUCUCCUGGUUACUGGACUGUCCGGGGGGAAACUGUAUGUGUUAAAGGUCCUUGCUUGCCACGCCGAGGAAAUGUGGUGUGCUGAGGGCCGCCCUGUCACUGUGGAAAUGUUUGACACCCCAGAGAAGCCGUAUGCCUUGGUUCCAGGCAACACCAGUUUGCAGUUGGAUUGGGAGGCUCCAGCUAAUGUGAACCUCAUCAGGUUUUGGUUUGAACUCCAGAAGUGGAAGUACAGUGAGUUUUACCACGUGAAAGCUUCGUGCAGCCAAGGCCCUGCUUAUGUCUGUGACAUCACAGAUCUGCAGCCGUACACUUCUUACCAUGUCCGAGUAGUGGUGGUUUACAGGACAGGAGAAAACAGCACCUCACUUUCAGAAAGUUUUAAGACCAAAGCUGGAGUCCCAAGUAAACCAGGCAUUCCAAAAUUAUUAGAAGGGAGCAAAAAUUCAAUACAUUGGGAAAAGGCUGAUGAUAAUGGAAGCAGACUUAUGUACUAUAUACUUGAGAUAAGAAAGGGUACUUCAAAUGAUUCACUGAACCGGAACUUAAUGUGGAAGAUGGCGUUUAAUGGAUCCUGCAGCAGCAUUUGCACAUGGAAGUCCAAAAACCUGAAAGGAACAUUUCAGUUCAGAGUAGUAGCUGCAAAUACUCUGGGAUUUGGUGAAUAUAGUGGAAUCAGUGAGAAUAUUUUAUUAGCUGGAGAUGGUUUUUGGAUUCCAGAAACAAGCUUUAUACUUACUGUUGUAAUUGGAAUAUUUCUGGUUGUUAUAAUCCCAUUGACCUUUGUCUGGCACAGAAGAUUAAAGAAUCAGAAAACUCCCAAGGAAGGGCUGACGGUUCUCAUAAACGAAGACAAAGAGUUGGCUGAGCUGCGAGGCCUGGCAGCUGCGGUGGGACUGGCUCAUGGCUGCUGUGCGACACGUACUCUUCCGACCCAAGAGGAGAUUGAAAGUCUUCCUGCCUUCCCUCGGGAAAAUCUGACCCUGCGCCUCCUGUUGGGAAGUGGAGCCUUUGGAGAAGUGUAUGAAGGGACAGCAGUAGACAUCUUAGGAGCUGGAAGCGGAGAAACCAAAGUAGCAGUGAAGACUUUGAAGAAGGGCUCCACAGACCAAGAAAAGAUUGAAUUCCUGAAGGAGGCAUAUCUGAUGAGUAAGUUUAAUCAUCCCAACAUUCUGAAGCAGCUUGGAGUUUGUUUGCUGAAUGAACCCCAAUAUAUUAUCCUGGAAUUGAUGGAAGGAGGCGAUCUCCUCACCUACUUGCGUAAAGCCCGGAUGACAACGUUUCAUGGUCCUUUACUCACCUUGGUUGACCUUAUAGAUCUGUGUGUAGAUAUUUCAAAAGGCUGUGUCUACUUGGAGCAGCUGCACUUUAUUCACAGGGACCUGGCAGCUCGGAAUUGCCUCGUGUCGGUGAAAGACUACAGUAAUCCAUCACGGGUAGUGAAGAUUGGAGACUUUGGACUCGCGAGGGACAUCUACAAAAAUGAUUACUAUAGAAAGAGGGGAGAAGGCCUGCUCCCUGUUCGGUGGAUGGCUCCGGAAAGUUUGAUGGAUGGAAUCUUCACAACGCAGUCUGAUGUGUGGUCUUUUGGAAUUCUGAUUUGGGAGAUUUUAACUCUUGGUCAUCAGCCUUAUCCAGCCCAUUCUAACCUUGAUGUUUUAAACUAUGUGCAAUCAGGAGGGAGACUGGAGCCACCAAGAAACUGUCCUGAUGAUCUUGUCAUAAAUCCAGCUCCUGGCCUGGUCUCCGAUACCUGCGUGAUCUCGCCUUCCUCCUCUGACCUCAUCCCGUGUGCUCUCCUCCUCAAUGACGGCUCUUCAGCCACACUGGCUUCCUUUCAGGUUCUACAAUAUGAAGAUGGCAACAGGGUUUGUGUGAAUUUGGAUGACGGUGUGCCAAUUGCUUUAAUGGAAACCAAGAACCAAGAGGGGUUAAACUAUAUGGUACUUGCGACAGACUGCAGCCAAGGUGAAGAUCAUUCUGAGGGUCCUCUAGGCUCCAAGGAAUGUGAAUCUUGUGGUCUGAGGAAAGAAGAGAAGGAACCACAUGCAGACAAAGGUAUCUGCCAAGAAAAACAAGUGGCUUACUGCCCUCCUGGCAAGCCUGAGGGCCUGAACUAUGCCCGUCUCACUCACAGUGGACAUGGAGAUGCGUCUGAUUAAUAACUCGGUUUGGGAAAUGCAGAGUUGAGAUAAACACUGCCAUUAAGUAGUUACUGAAAGGAAGCUGUGGUAGAAUGGCAGAUGUUGAGGUGGUCUAUGACUCUGAAUUAACACUGGAAAGUUCCUGGAUUCUAAUCUUGGUUCUGAGAGCCGCUUGGUUUCAGUUCUGACAAUCCCCGUACAACUGUUUAACUUAAACAAGAUUCUGAGGUGAGUCACUGGGCAUUUGGAAAGCAAAGGAAGCCUCACAAGUCUGGUAGGACAACUGCUCUCCCUUACCCUUGAGGUCACUUAGACCAUUGCCCACCCUUCGGUCUGGACUAUAACAGAAACAUCUUGGUCAGAUGGUUAGAGACAAAACAGGUAUGUUCAAAGAUCUGAAGGAGGUGUGAGAAGCAUGCUCAGGGGCCCAGCUGAACUACAGAUUAUCCCAAAAGGGACUGAGGAAAUGCCUAAAUAACUCUACCUGUUCCAAAGGAACCAGCAUCUAUGACAUAAGAAAUCACUUGGGAUGCUAUUGCUAUAAUAACAUACUGUCUCUAAUGACUAUUCUGAAAUAUUUUGGAGGUUUUGAAAUAAUGAAAAUAGGACCAUGAAGAUGUCUAAAUCCUAAAGCUUAGCAUUGGGUUGUAUAAAAAUUGCUCAGUGACUG